AAAAACAUGCACACCGCAUUCAGCUGCACCAGAUCGCCAUGGGAGCUGCUUUUGUGCUGAGAGACGCCUGGUGACUGGAGAUUUCAAGAUUUCAGAUUGGGUGCUGCGACAUAUUCCAACCACUACAUAUGUUUGUGGACGCUUCCUUGAGUGCGAUAGGAAGGGCCACGGAAGUGCAACUGAACACACUGCGCCGGAAACUUGGCGUUGGCUGUGAUCCCUGCUUCGACUACUCCGUGCAACAGCUAGCAGAGAGGCUACAAGAGGAAGAAGAUGAAGAUGAUUUGACACUUGACAUCAAAUUCCUGGACCUGUUGAAGCGUGUGAACGCAGACACCUCAGAAGAAACUCAGAACAAGAUUCUUGCUGAGGAUGCACCACGUAUACCGGGAACCUUACUUCGAAAGAAGCAAGAUGAGAAGCGCCCAUCUAGCGCUUUCAAGACUCUAAGCCGUGAGGAUGUUCAAAAACGAGAUGCAAAAGCCAGUCAAGGACCUCCAGUGGGCUCAUACAGUCCAAAAGCAGAUUGUUUGGCCAGCUUUGGCAAAGUCAAACAUCCAACACCAAAGGUGCUAGACUUCGGCGCAUACCUGCCAAAGGGCUCAGAGAAUGCCUUGCUGAGUAGCAGCCGCAGUGAAAACGGCCCUCCGAAUGGAAUGGACACCACAUGGAUGGGCAAGCGCCAGGUCACCUUCGUGAACAUGGCAAAACAGAUCCCCAGGCCAGACCUACUGAACAAUUUGCCUCCUAAUGACCCACAAGCAAUCGACCCUGAGGGUGUGCUGUAUGGACAUCUCAAGUGCGCUCGGUUUGGUCGUUUUUACCGUCAACCCUGCUUUGAAUUUGGGACACAGCCGCGUCAAAACGCAAUUGCAGCCGCAGGUGGCACAAGCAAUCCCGGCGAGUACGAGGUGAAGCUCAACAUCAUCAAGCCGACGAUUACAUGCCAUAGCUUCAGCAACAUACCGAGGCCCGAUUUUGUGGCAUCAAACCGCAUCACAGAUCACCUACCAGAUCGGUCUUUAGCCCGUGACUGUCGGUCUUUGACUCGGUUUGGACGGCUCCUGUCACCGCCGGUCUCCGUCCCAAGAUUCGAUGCACCAGCGCCAGCAGCUCCAGCCCGGCCACGAUCUGCAUCCAAACCGUGCGGCAAGGAGAGGACCUUCGAGAGCUUAGAAUCGGAGCUGAACUCUGCGUGGGCUUGGCCAACAAGGCAGGCGCCAAAGACUUUGGGCAUUAGUGUGAGCCAUGAAAGCGAGACGACUUGCAGGCCAAGGUCAGCUCCUCAGCACAGGGUGAUGCGCCGGUGACAUGCUGGCAUGCCCUUCAUAUUUUCUGAUGUGUGUUCCUCCCUUUUUGACGCGAUGAAUUCAGUUGCGAAUAAGUUUGUCUCGCAAAUACUGCGAUUCGAAUUGUCUAACUUUGUUUCACUUGCAGAUUCAAGGCUGAUGCAUCUCCAAAAGUAAAAUUGCGC